AUGCUUAAUUUGUCAUCACAAAUGUCAGUUCUUGUGUUGAUGCUGCUAUGUGCUGUCACAUUCCAUAGAAGCUUCUGCUGCCAUGACAGCGAUCGAACUCUGCUCUUACUCUUCAAACAAGGCGUUGUUGAUCCUUCCAACCGCCUCUCCUCUUGGUCUUCUACGAACCAACAUUGCUGUGAAUGGCAAGGUGUUAUUUGUGAUCCCUACACCAGCAGGGUCCAACAGCUUGAUCUGCACAACUAUAACUAUAUGGAAAGUGGCUCAGAAUCCUUGAAAGGUGAAAUCAACUUAUCUUCUUUACUUGCACUUGAAUUUCUAGAAGAAUUGGACUUGAGCCGCAAUGACUUUGAACGAAUAAACACACCAUCUAUCAAUACUUCUGUUGUUUCUCGUACUCAUUUACCUGCAAAUAUUUCUCUGCUCCAUCACCUGGACUUAUCACAGAACAUGCAUAAUCUUCGCGUUGAUAAUCUUCAUUAUUGGCUCUUGCAACUUCCUUCCCUCACAUAUCUGGAUCUCAGUGGCAUUCAUCUUCCUUGUGAAAUGAAAUGGAUUCAAUCAUUAGCUUUGUUACCUCUGGAGGCCUUAUAUUUGCGUGAUUGUAAUUUGACCAGCUCCAUUCUAUCUAUGGAACAUGCCAAUUUUAGCUCACUUUUAUAUAUUGAUCUCAGUCUAAAUGAUUUUACAUAUGGACUACCUAAUUGGUUGUUCAAUCUUAGCAAUGACCUCUCCAAUCUUCAACUCGGUCACUGCAGUUUGAGAGGUCCAUUUCCAGAUAUUUCAGGCUAUCGAAAGCUGCAGAACUUAGAUCUAUCUAGCAACAAACUCAAAGGAUCAAUACCUGAUUGGCUUGGCCAGCGUGAUGGAUUGAUUGGCCUUGAUCUUUCUAAUAAUUCGUUUCAAAGUUCCAUUCCUUCAAACCUCUUAAAUGCAUCAUCUUUAGCAAUUUUAAAUAUUAGCUUCAAUGACUUGAGUGGUACACUUCCGAAAAACCUUGACCUUGACCAAAGGCACUUUGAAAUUUUGGAUUUGUCUCACAACUCAAUUAGUGGGGAUAUAUCGAACAUGUUGCUGGAUGGUGGGAUCCUUAUCUUCUUUAUUGUGUGA